CCCAUACACACAAGUGACAGACAACACGUAUACAUAUCUUUCGUUGAGUGUGCCUAUCUGUCUGUCUGUACACCCGAGAGCCAGUCCCCCCUCCCAAUCGGCUACCGACAUACCCACACACAUACACACACACGCCCCGACCCACCAGUCAGUCAUACACAGGCCAUCCAUCCAUCCAUCCAUUUAUGAAUGCAUCAUGGAUUGAUCUAUGCCAUUCGGCUACUCACAUACCCACACACAUACGCCGUAAGGGCCCUUCACUUUUCCAUACUUGCGUUACGGAUUGAGCUGUCUGUCUAUCUAUCCAUCUUUCUAUGCCUCGCCGCCCGCCCCCUCCCCCUCCCCCUCCCCACCGCUACGGCUGUCGUCCUCGCUGACGUCGGUGUCUACGUCGCUCUCGCCAUCCUCAUCAUCGCCGCCCUCCUCAGCGGCCGCCUGCAUCAAUGCCUGCAGCCCCUGGGGGUCGACGCGGUCCGGGUAAUGGUCGGCGACAAGCAUGACGGCCUGCAAACGAAUGAAGGACAACGCACUGACAGUGUGUUGUAUGCCGGUGCCCCUUGUCGCCACGUGUGUGUUUGUGUGUGCCGUGCAGGCGAUUUACCGGCACUGCGAUGUCGACGUCUUCAUGUGUCUGCAGCUCGACUACCUUGUCCACACCGCCGGCCUGCGUCAAACGUAAUACAGGACAGCCAUGUGAAUGGUGUCCACUGUCCUCAUUCUCUCUCUCUCUCUUUGUUCCCUCACCUGGUCUACUAGAGUGGAGUAGGGGUUGUCGGGGAGACCCUCGUUGGCCUGCUUCUGACGACCCGCACUGCACACACGAACGCAGCACACAGCACAGCACAGCAGGUGAUAGGCAAAUGCGGUGUGUGUCCUUUGACCUUCUCCUGUUACCGUAGUAUGUUGUCCAGCGCCUUGAUCGUAUUCUCCCGAUUGUCAUUGUCGUCACCGAGUGCGUCGCAGAGGGGCUGGACGCCGCCACACUCGACCACAUACUCAGCCUGAACAAACGAAUAGACACACACACCCAGACAGCCGUGACACAUCAACAAGCUUGUCGCCUGUGGCCUACAAACACACCUGUUGCUGCGACCCGUGGGCUACAUUUCCGACGGCCCCUGCUGCUAUGACCUUCACUUGGGGAUGGCUCUCCUCGCUGACCGCCAUGCUGAUCAGCAGAGGCACCAAAUCACCAUCGAUGACCGCCUGCACGUGGGCAGGGCUACCUGCAUCCAACGAAUCCACACACAAACACCGCCCCACUCAUGACGUCCUUGUUGCGGUGUGUGAGUGUGUGUGAUGGUGUGUUCCACCCGCAGCGAUAAAGAUGACGAUCAGGCCCGCAACUUCAUGCGCACCCCGCCCGGCCCCCACCGCAGCCAUCGUCUUCAGCGAUCCCACGGCGCCACACUCGACCAACGCAUCACGGUCACCAUCGGUACCUGAGCGACCGAUCAGCCAUAUAAUGGACAAACAAGACGAUCUUCCCCCCAGGCUCUUUAGAAGGGAUACUGAUGGCUUGAUCGACUGACCGUCUUGCUCGUCGCACCAAGUGGCGAAGUGCGCCAGGGCCACUCGUGCGGGCUCCAGCACACCAUCAUCCUGCUGAGGUGCGGCGAUCAGGCUAACCAGCACCGGCAGGAAGGGGGCGAACUCGGCGAGUGGGGCGGGGAGGGGCGGGCUCUCGGUGACAGCCCACACAUCGCACAGCAGGCAGAGACCCACGGCCAUCACCUCGGUGCUGGCGGCCUCACGCACCACCGUCAGCAGGGGCUGCAGGACGCCCGCCGCCACCACGGCAUCGCGACGGUCCACCGACCCCGCCAUGAUCAUGCGCAGCGCCCCCAUCGCCCCCUUACACACACGGUCGGUCCGUGACGACACGAGCUGCACCAGGGGCGGGACGGCACCAGCAUCGGCCACCGCAGCGGCAUGGUUCACCGCCAGCAUGCCGAGCAGCCAGGCUGCUGCUCCACUCUCCAUCUCGUGGCGCCCGCUCAGCUGCUCGACGGCCGCGGGCAGCACACCGACACCGAUGGCCUUGGCGAAACGAUCGAUGUGCUUGAUGGGCAGCAGCCGAUUCAGCUGCAGCAUGGCGUCAAGCCGAAGGGGGCUGCUUGACGCCAUGAGCUGGCAGAUGUCGGCCAUGACGGCGGUGAUCUCGGCCUCGACGACAUCCAGCCCUCGCUGCUGGACGGCCUGGUCGUAUCCCUCUUUGGUUUGGAUGGCAUCGACGAGGCUGCUCGCCUUGGCCAGCACUGCUUGGGGCGAUGUGCAGCCCGCCGAGUCCAUUGCCUCACAGCUGCGAGGAACAAACACACACACACACCCAAUGUGCAGAACUCUUCAUGGCUGCUCUCCUUCAUCCUUCUGACCUUCUUGUGUGCUCGCGGCCCUCCACCUCGGUGCUCAAUGGUCCCGCUGCCGCUAUCACACCACACUACUCGUCCAUCUCGUGGCGCAGAUCUAUCUGCUGAAUGAAAUGAAUUGCGACACGAAAUGAGAUAGAUCUGCACCACAGAUGACUUCGGCUUACCAUGAUGCGCAAUCCUCUGGUGCUCUACGACCACAACGACCGCGAGGUUGUUGCGAGCUUUUGAAGAUCUCAU